AUGAAGCUUUCAAUCGAAGAAUCGGCUCGCUUAAAAGAUCCAGUUUAUCUUCUCAAUAUCAAGUACUCUUUAGCAGAAGAGUCGCGUCUUGUACGCAAGUUUGAUCUCCAUCUCAUGACAUUUCUCUGCGCCCUUUACCUUGUAUCCUAUCUUGACCGUAGUAACAUUGGCAACGCAAACGUGGCUGGCUUGUCCCGGUCUCUUGACAUGUCCGACCAUCAAUACCAAUGGCUUCUAACUGUCUUUUACCUUGGCUAUAUAUUGUUCCAAUGGCUUACCCUUUUUUGGAAACGUUUCCCGCCAAAGUACUACGUCUGCAUCGUCGUCGUGGCCUGGGGGCUCGUGUCUACCGGUCAAGCCAUCGCAAAUACAUGGGUCCAAAUGAUGGCCCUACGGUUGCUACUUGGAAUCUUUGAAGCUGGGUUUGGUCCUGGAGUCCCAUAUUACCUAUCCUUUUUUUACUACCGUCACGAAAUCGCCUUCCGCACAGGGCUGUUUCUUGUCGUCCCACCUGUUUCAUCUGCAUUUUCAGGUGCUUUGGCUUACUUUAUAACCAAGCACAUGCAAACAGAUCCAUGGCGUUUGCUCUACCUCGUCGAGGGACUCCCAACUAUUUUCCUCGGUGUCUUGUGUUACUGGUGCAUUCCUAAUGAUAGCAAAUCUGCGCGCGGUUUGACCCCGCACGAACGCGAGAUUGCCGCCGCUAGAAGCCUGCGACAAAUCGGCACAAUUGAACGGGUACACAAAAUUGAUUGGAAUGAGGGACUUGCUUCACUCGUAGACGUUAAAAACCUUUGUUGCAUGGCCAUGUUUUUCUGCAUCAACGUCUCGUUCGCCUCGCUCCCCAUCUACCUCCCCACCAUCAUCCGCGACAUGAAGCACUCCAACGCCAGUGCUCAAGGUCUUACUGCUCCGCCUUAUCUUGUCGCUGCAAUUGCAACUCUCACAGUCACAUACCUUUCCGACAAGCUCCAGCAGCGCGGGUACUUUGUAGCUGGAGCAUAUCUUGUGGCAGCCACCGGGUACAUGGUUUUGGCAACCGUAGAUAUCGAGCAUACGGGUAUUCGUUACGCUGCCACGUUUCUCUGCUGUGCAGGGGUGUACCCAUGCGUCGGCGUGUUGCUCAGCUGGCUCGGCAACAUGCACGGCGACGACAACAAGCGCAGCUUUGCGUAUGUUCUGCUACAGCUAGUGGGCCAAUGUGGGCCACUUGUAGGCACCCGAGUAUAUCCAGCCACAGACACUCCACGUUACACUCGCGGGUUUUGGACUUGUGCAGGGUGUUUGGCUGCAUCUGCUGCCCUUGCGCUAUGGCUGCGUGCUCACCUGGCCAAACUCAACAGGAUCCGCGACAACGUGUAUGGCCCACUAGUUGAAAAUGCAAUUGAGAUGGUAGAUAGCGGGGAGGAGGACGACGAUAAUGGGUUUGAGGAAGACUACAACGGGACGUGCGGCGCGGGUCUUGAGCAGGAGAGCCAUCGGAGCUUUCGGUACAUUUUAUAG